CAUUUCUCAUUUUCUGUCCUUAAUGGCAGAUCUCAGGUUUUCCUUCGCUGAAACUUUUCUUUGCAGUGCAUUUGCUGCUUGUUUUGCCGAGUUCUGUACCAUUCCUUUGGACACUGCCAAAGUCAGACUACAGCUCCAAAAGAAAGCUGUUGGUGAUGAAGUUAAUUUUCCAAAAUAUAGUGGUUUGUUGGGUACUUUGGCUACCAUUGCUAGGGAAGAACGUUUGUCAGCACUUUGGAAAGGAAUAGUUGCUGGUUUACAUCGCCAAUGCAUUUAUGGAGGUCUAAGGAUUGGGCUAUAUGAACCUGUCAAAACUUUUUUAGUUGGCGCUGAUUAUGUUGGGGAUAUUCCUUUGUACCAAAAAAUUAUUGCAGCUUUAUUGACUGGUGCUAUAGCUAUUACAGUCGCUAAUCCAACUGAUCUUGUCAAGGUGCGGCUGCAAGCUGAACGCAAACUUCCAGCUGGGAUUGCUAGGCGUUAUUAUGGGACUCUGGAUGCAUACCACACAAUAGUUAGAGAAGAAGGACUAGCAGCACUGUGGACUGGUCUUGGACACAUUGCACGAAAUGCCAUUGUAAAUGCUGCUGAACUAGCCAGUUAUGAUCAAGUGAAACAAACAAUUUUGAAAAUUCCAGGGUUCUCGGACAAUGUCCUAACACAUCUUCUAGCAGGUCUCGGUGCAGGUUUCUUUGCGGUCUGUAUUGGUACUCCAAUUGAUGUGGUAAAAUCAAGAAUGAUGGGAGAUGGUGCCUACAAAAGCACUCUUGAUUGUUUCAUUAGAACUUUGAAGAAUGAGGGAUUCCUUGCCUUUUACAAGGGUUUUGUUCCUAAUUUUAGCCGGCUGGCAUCUUGGAAUGUGGUUAUGUUUUUGACUCUUGAGCAAGCCAAGAAAGCAUUCCGGGGGGAAAUAUAUUACGAUUGAUUUUGGUUUAUAACCAGGAAGACACACUGCUUGCUUUUUGUCCCUUGAAUUCUCAAGGAGUAUUUUUUAAACAAUGAAUAAGGUAUGCAUUGCA